GGACACAACGCAGACAGGAGCGUGAUAGUGUGCUAGUGUUUCUUUUUACAUAUUUCAACAUUAUUUGCGAAACUUUCAAUUUCUACGAGCUCGGAGUUGGAGGUUAAUUGUUGUAAAUUCAUACUUUACAGUCUGGUUCAACAGGUGAAUGUGUGGACCUGUACCCCGCAACUAAAAGACAGAUGGAGGAAAACACACAAGCACUGCCACUUAAUUCUCCUCUGCAUUCCCCUAGAAAUCAUUCAGAAAGUCUAUCUCUGUCCCUCUCUCUUACACAGCCUGCUGCUGUCCUCCAUGCUUCACUCCCUCUCUCCCCAACCACCCCUACCCAUUCUUUCCCACCCUCUUAUCUCCAGUCUUCAUCAACCCCUCAGGUAUCUGGAGGGUCACACUGCCUUAAUCCCACCACAGCAUCUGACCAGGAUGACCUGACCUGUCUUAGCUGGCUGCAUCAAAGAGGGAACCUUUUGCCCCUGCAGCCCAUGCCCAGAGUUACCAAUCUGCCGCAGCCAUUGCACACCUUUUCCACCCAGUCGGUGCCCCCCUGCCCCGCUAAGCCACCUUACUCUUUCAGUAGUCUCAUCUUCAUGGCAAUUGAAGACUCGCCAGAGAAACGACUCCCUGUGAAAGAUAUUUAUGAAUGGAUUGUCAACAACUUCCCCUAUUACAGAGAAGCUUCAAGUGGUUGGAGGAACUCUGUUCGACACAAUCUGUCCUUGAGCAAGAGCUUCCAACGAAUACAUCGUGACAAGAGUCAAUCCGUUGGAAAGGGCUCACUGUGGCGUGUCUGUCCGCAGUAUCGUCCGGCCCUUCUGGAGGUUCUUAGAAAAACACACUACUGCCAUCGUACCAACAGCAACUUGUUAAACAAUUCUGUUUUAUUGGAGGCAUCUAAUAAUGGGCAGAGCUGCAUUAGUGACACAUUGGAAAUAUCAGAUCUUGAAUCUCUCUCUUCAAACCCAUCCUGCUCUUUGACACCAGAUCAUGAAGAGUUGGUCCCAAUGGAGUCUGUAGACCUCACAGAAGUUUCAGGAGAGGAUUCAGAAAAAGAUCCAUUGGGAGACAGUGGUUACAUUGAGUUACACUAUUAUCAAUACCAGCAGUAUCAGUACUUGGUUCUUCCAGGAGAAACUGAGUUGGACCUGGAGACGGUUGAGAUACUGCAGCUUGAUGCAGAGGCACAGGAGGCUGCGGGGUCACUGCUUGAUCUUGCAGGAGGCAACCACUGACAUUGACAUAUGUGUGGUAUGUUCAAGCAAGGAGGGUUAAUGGGGAAAGGGCCCACUGUGGAAGCUCUUAAAAAACCUUGGCUUGAUGUGCUAUUGUCACUUUAUAACUGCCUGUAUUUUUAUUUACUGUCAUCAAAGGUGCAACACAAGCAAACCUAAAUAAUGUAGUGAUUUAAAAAAAAUUGACAGCACUGUGAGAAAUCAUGUGGGCUUAUUCUUGCUCUUUGUGUAUAUUUUUAACAAUGGAAAAAACCAUCUGCAAAAUGACAAAAUAUUUGUCAGAAAGAACAAACAUAUUUUUUUUAUGUCAUGUCUGAUAAGAAAAAAUGAAUGCACUUCCAUACCAUUGUUUAUUAUGUUUUCCAAUUUGAUCUAGGUCUUUAAAGGGGACAUACCAUGAAAAUCUGACUUUCCUUGUUUAAGUGCUAUAACCUAGAAAAUGUGAUAAAAAAACUUAGUUUUGGUAAACCAUUCUCAUCAAGCAUGUGAAAAUAAGGUCAUUGAAAUUUGGCUCCCCCUGUGAUGUCAGAAGGGGAUCAUCUUAUAAUAAUACCACUCCUUUAUCUGCACUAUCCAACCACGGCACUGCCAUUUGGUGCAGAGAUCAACUAAUUUGCAUUUUGAGCUAAAACUUCCCAUACGUACUCUGGGGACACCAAAGACUUAAAAAAGUCUUGUGAAAUGUCCCCUUUAAAGCUUUACUGUAUUCUGUAUUUAAAUUAAAGGGGUGAUGUUCUGAUGUGGUUUUUUAAGAUAAUUUUUUACAGUACAAUAUUCAACAUUUCCAAGUAUUAUUGAGAUACACUGCCAGCUGUAAUUUGGGUAUAUGGAAAAAAUAAUAGCUAAGUCUUAUUUCUUGUUGUGCA